UCACUCGGGUCAAUAAAAUCAACCCAUCCCUAACAUUAGAUCCGAACCACCAUCUCAGCUACUUGUUCAACCGCUCCAAUAGUGAUACUGACGAGAAAUCAUUCCUCUCCAUUUGUAGGUCUUCCUCCUCCAUUUGCUUGCUAGGACUGAGUAUGACCACCAAUCCAUGAAGACCCAAAUGAGAAAUCCCACGCUUCUCCUUCUUCUCCUUCUUAGUUCUCAGCUCUGCUCAGUUUUCUCUUGGAAAAAAGACGAGUUCAGAAACUGUAACCAAACCCCAUUUUGCAAACGAGCCCGAGCCCGCAAACCCAGCUCAUCCUCACUCAUAGCCCAAGACGUAGCCAUCUUUGACGGUGAGCUCACGGCCAAGCUCUUCCCCGAAAAAACCCAAGAAAACCCAGACGAACAAGAUCAAGACCGAAUCAAGCCCUUGGUUCUCACUCUUUCUGUUUAUCAAGAUGGGAUCUUAAGGCUCAAGAUCGACGAGGACCCCAAACUUGAUCCACCCAAGAAGCGUUUCGAGGUUCCCGAUGUGAUUUUGCCCGAGUUUUCGAACAAGAAGCUGUGGUUGCAGAAGCUUUCGACGGAGACGAUCGGCGGUGAUACCGGUCCCUCGACCAUCGUCUACUUAUUGGACGGCUACGAGGCGGUGCUUCGACAUGAUCCCUUCGAGGUAUACGUGCGUGAAAAGGGAGGUAAUCGCGUCAUUUCUCUGAAUUCUCAUGGGUUAUUUGACUUUGAACAGUUGAGAGUGAAGAGAGAUGGUGAGGAGUGGGAAGAGAGGUUUAAAGGGCAUACGGAUAAGAGGCCCUACGGCCCGCAAUCGAUUAGUUUUGAUGUGUCCUUUUAUGGGGCUGAUCAUGUAUAUGGGAUUCCUGAGCGUGCUACUAGCUUUGCUUUGAAGCCCACUAGAGGUCCUGGGAUUGAGGACUCUGAACCCUAUAGAUUGUUUAACUUAGAUGUAUUUGAGUAUAUUCAUGAAUCCCCAUUUGGGCUUUAUGGUUCCAUACCCUUGAUGAUUUCCCACGGGAAGUCGCGUGGGACUUCCGGGUUCUUUUGGUUGAAUGCUGCUGAAAUGCAGAUUGAUGUUCUCGGGUCUGGCUGGGAUGCAGAGUCUGGCAUUUCUCUCCCUUCAUCGCAGAGUAGGAUCGAUACUCUUUGGAUGAGUGAGGCAGGUAUUGUCGAUGCAUUCUUUUUUGUUGGACCAGGGCCUAAGGAUGUAGUCCGCCAGUAUACAAGUGUGACUGGCACACCCGCAAUGCCACAGUUGUUUGCUUUGGCCUAUCACCAAUGCAGGUGGAAUUAUAGGGAUGAGGAGGAUGUUGAGCAAGUUGAUUCUAAGUUUGAUGAGCACGACAUUCCGUAUGAUGUUUUGUGGCUUGAUAUUGAGCACACAGAUGGGAAGAGAUAUCUUACAUGGGAUAGGAUGCUUUUCCCGCACCCAGAGGAGAUGCAGAGGAAGUUAGCUGCUAAGGGUAGGCACAUGGUUACGAUUGUAGAUCCUCAUAUUAAGCGGGAUGACUCAUACUUUUUGCACAAGGAGGCCACAGAAAAGCGGUAUUAUGUUAGGGAUGCCACUGGAAAGGAUUAUGACGGGUGGUGCUGGUCUGGUUCAUCAUCAUAUUUGGAUGUGUUGAGGCCAGAAGUUAGGUCCUGGUGGGCUGAAAAAUUCUCUUUGGAGAAUUAUGUUGGUUCAACUCCUUCUCUGUACAUCUGGAAUGACAUGAAUGAACCUUCUGUCUUCAAUGGUCCCGAGGUUACAAUGCCUAGAGAUGCUUUACAUCAAGAAGAUGCAGAACAUAGAGAGUUACAUAAUGCCUAUGGCUACUACUUCCACAUGGCUACAGCAGAUGGGCUCGUGAAGCGAGGUGAUGGAAAGGAUAGACCUUUUGUGUUAUCAAGAGCAGUAUUUGCUGGAAGUCAAAGGCAUGGAGCAAUAUGGACCGGAGAUAAUACAGCUGAGUGGGAUCACCUGAGGGUUUCAGUUCCAAUGAUCUUGACUCUUGGUCUUACUGGGAUAUCAUUCUCAGGUGCUGAUGUUGGUGGGUUUUUUGGCAAUCCAGAACCUGAGUUGUUAGUUCGUUGGUAUCAGUUAGGUGCCUACUAUCCAUUUUUUAGAGGUCAUGCCCAUCAUGACACCAAAAGGCGAGAACCAUGGUUAUUUGGGGAUAGAAAUACUGAACGUAUUAGAGAGGCCAUACACAUUCGUUACAUGUUGCUUCCAUAUUUCUACACGUUAUUCAGAGAGGCAAACACAAGUGGUGUUCCAGUUGUUCGUCCAUUGUGGAUGGAGUUUCCUUCUGAGGAAGCUACUUUCAGCAAUGAUGAGGCUUUCAUGAUUGGAAGUAGUCUUCUGGUGCAAGGAAUUUAUACAGAGCAUGCAAGACAUGCUUCAGUUUAUUUGCCUGGGAAAGAAUCCUGGUAUGAAGUGAAAACUGGAGUUGCAUACAAGGGAGGCAGGACCCAUAAGUUGGACGUUAAUGAAGAGAGCGUUCCUGCCUUCCAAAGGGCUGGAACCAUCAUACCGAGGAAAGACCGCUUUCGUCGAAGUUCCACACAGAUGGUGAAUGAUCCAUACACUCUGGUUAUAGCACUUAAUAGUUCACAAGCAGCUGAAGGUGAACUCUAUGUCGAUGACGGUAGAAGCUUUGAAUUUCAUCAAGGAGCCUAUAUCCAUCGCCGAUUUGUAUUUUCAGAUGGGAAGCUAACAUCUCUUAAUCUGGCACCCACUCCCCCUGGCCAAGCCCAAUUUUCUUCAGAAUGCGUCAUUGAGAGAAUUAUUUUGCAAGGACUGUCCACUGGGCAGAAGAGUGCUCUAAUUGAACCAGAAAAUCAGAAGGCUGAAAUUGAAAAAGGUCCACUUCUCCUUCAUUCAAGGCAAGGCCCUACUGUGGUAACAAUCCGCAAGCCUAAUGUUCGGAUAGUGGAUGAUUGGGUGAUAAAACUGCUUUAACUCAUGGAGUGAGCUGGUAAACAUAAUUUGGUAGGACUUUUUGGUUCAAGUAUGAGAGUGUUCUUUUCCUAGAUUAGUAACAUUGGGGUAAAACAUGAAUCUACUUUACAUGUCUCAGUUUUUCGGUUAUAAAUGCAUAUACAUCAUCAGCCACUGCAUCCAUAAGAUAUAUACAUUUCCUUUUUGGUAAGUUUUUGUUGGGAUUCCCUCAAGUUGGGGUACCUAAAUAAACCAAACAAAAAAAGGAGAGUAUGUGGAACUGAUUCAUGAAGACUUUUAUUAUCUCAUGACAUUGUGCAACAGAACUCACAUUGCGGUAUCAAUAUAAUAAUGGUGAAGUAAUGUUA